AUGUCUAACCCUCGGACAACCAUCCAGCCCUUGCACAACUACCUAGUUCUUGCACGUCCUGGGACGCCCAUGCUGAAGACACCCGGUCCUGGGACACCCACCCCCGUGUCACCUAGGCUGGGGUCACCCACCCCCGGGUCACCCAUUCCGGGGUCAUCCAUCCUCGGGUCACCCAGGCUGGGGACACCCAUCCCCAGGUCACCCACCGUCAGGGGCAGCCAGUGA